GCUACAUUUUCAUUUCGAUAAUGCUAAGGCGCACUGCAAUAAAGCGACAGCCCUGGACUAAGGACGCAGCUGCGCGGCGCCGAGAGACGCUAGCGCAGCAACGACAGGCUCGUCGAGACCUCACAGCACAUGCGAGACAGCUGGCGCAGCAACAGGAGCCACCGUCGCCCCAUGGAGGAGAAGACGCGCAACCUAUGGAUGGCGUCAUAUCCGCUACAUCCAAGCGCCGGACCCGUGAAGAGCGCGUUAAACAGCGACGUGAACAUUUCUCCAAGCAAUUGAUGACACCUGAGUGGCUUAUUGACAUCCCCAAGGACCUCAACGGCAAUGGCAGCUUGCUGGGUGAGGGCUGGUAUGUUCUGCCGCGUCCGGAGGGCAAGCGGUGUCUCGUGGUGGCCAACGGAGGUAAUACCAUUGCUCGGAUCCCGUCAGGGAGUAUCUUGAAGAAGUUCCCAUCGGCAUUGCCCUGCGGCUCUCACAAAACCAACAAAUCCAACGACGGCUACUGCAUCCUGGACUGUAUUUUCCAGGAGCAGAACGAGACUUUCUACGUGCUGGACGUCAUGUGCUGGAAGGGAUACUUGCUCUACAACUGCACCACGGAGUUUCGACUGUACUGGAUGCGCGAUAAGCUGUCAGAAGGAGCCACUGGGAUGACAGCACCUGCCAAUCCGUUCCGAUUCUUGCCCGUUCCGAGCUAUGAGAGCGACCAAGAAGGUAUCAUGGCGGCAUAUUCCACAACGUAUCCUUUUCUCAAAGAUGGCCUACUUUUCUACAUGAAGGCAGGUCACUACGAGAUGGGUCUGUCACCGCUGGCGCUGGUGUGGAAAGAUGCCAACACAAGUCGCUUCUUCGUCUACUCGGCAAAGCCGUCCAUUGUACUCCGUUUUGAAGGAGACAACGAGUUUGUGACGUUGGAAGGCAUUGCCUUGUUUACCGCCAAUCAAGACUUCAUCCAGGAGCAUGAGGUUUGUAUGUGGAAUUUAACUCUUGGUAUGGUGGCUUACUAGUUAUCAUCGACAAACUGUUGCUUGUAGCUGAACGAAGGAGACCUCGCGAGUUUUUCUUUCGAGCAGACUGAAGUAGACGAGAGCCAAACCCCGCAUCUAACUGGUCUGACAUUUGUGAAACGAUGCUCACCCCAGCGAGCCCUCCCGGACAGUUGGACUAAAAUUUUGUUUCAGUACAACGCGCGGUCGGGUGGGGUCCCUAUUGAGCGGAUCUUAGAGGCCGCUCACGCGCAGACCACGGAAGUUGUGAUGGAAGGAUAGACUUACACGAGCAGUAUUAAUUCUUUCGACUGAACGAAAUGGUGGGGACUAUUAGGCAUAGUCUCUUGAUCGUGCUUGGCCGUGACCUUGUACAAGCAUGUUUCCGCGAAAGAAUGGCAGCGACUGAUUUUGCUGGCUCUGCUGUUGUUGCUGAUUGUUUUUGCUGGAUUUUUGUUUGGCAGGGGAUGCUGUGCUUUGCUUCCUACAAGCUUCUUUGAGGUCAGUCAGACCGCCAAUGGAACGGGUGUGAGGAGUGAUGGCUGGUAGGCGGCUGCGCUCACUAGAACUGUCGAUUUGACUCUGUGGUCUAAUCUUGUGUGGCAAUGGAAGGUCUUUCGUCAACAUUUCUUGGCGCUCUUCACCAAACUCAGCAAGCUGCCGUUGCUGCUGCCGCAUUGCGAUGAUGGCAUCUGCUGUUGGGAUUCGAGGGCGCUUUUGGCUGCUUGGAGUUCGCAGUGGUAGACCCAUGAGGAGCUUAAACUUUCGUGAAUCUCGAGCAAGAUACGGCUCCUGGUCAAGUUCAUCAAAGACAAGAGCCUCCUCGAGUGGGAUCGUAUAGCGGCCAAUUGGUUGUUUCACUGGCGUUCGUCGUAGCUGCUCUUGCUCCAGUCUCCAUUGAAGUUGAGGAAGAAAGUCUUCGGAUGCAACCGCCGAGUCCUGGUAAAAUGGAUGGAAUGGAGCGUAGAGCUCAGAAAGAAAUGCAGAGCGCACAGCCCGGUUGCGCUCGAGCUCCUGCCGUUGUCUGGCGACUAGUGAAGAUCUCUGAUCCUCUGCAGACAUGCAAGCCUGCUCGUGCAGUAGCUGACGGACCCUCGCAGCAGCAGCUUCACGUAGCUCCUUUCUGAUCUGGCAGGCAAGCUGAUCCUCAAGUCGCAUCCUGUUCUGGUCUCGCAGAAGUUGAUCACGCUGCCAAGACGAGUAUUCAUCUUCUCUCUGCAUUUGGCUUCGCUCGGUUCGUUCACGCGCAAGCUCAAGAUCCGCUUUACGCUGAGCUUCGAGUUCUGCUUGGUGCUGCAACACCUUCCUCAGUUCAGCUUGGCGUACACGACGGAAUUGGAACGCUUUCUCUUCUCGUUCCUUCUCGAUGCGAGCCCGCUCCGCCUGACGCUCCAGCUCCAGAAGCCUCUCAGCCUCUUGCUCUUCCAGCAACCGUUGACGCUCACGUUCCCGCUCCAACUGCUCUUCUUCCUCGAAUUCUUCGUCCCCGUUAUCGAUCCCACUGCCAGCUCGCCAUCCAGAUGAAGCCACCUUUCGAUAAUGCGGUGGCAGAUUGCCAAAGAAGUACGACCGUGAGAAAUCUGUCCGCUUUGGUACAACUAGAGAUGGUUCCUCAAUCUCCUCAUCGCUCUCCACGAAGCUGUCGUUGUACUCGCGCGAGAGGGCGUCUUCUCGUGCCAUAUAGAUGAGUUCCAGCGUGAUCUUUGCAUUUUCAUCUUCUAGUCUUCGCAGCUCCUCUUCUUCCUGUUCACGUUGGUUAUCAAUGGAGUCAUCGUUGGAUUGCUCUACUAUUACGACUUCGGGAUCCUCCGGUACCUCCUGAUCUUCGACUUCAAUCAACUCUUGAGUUUCAGUCUUGUCGACAAUUUCGCGUUCGACAAACCCGAACAAAGUCACAAGAGGGAGCGGCAACGUCUCCAUGACAAGUGGCGCUGGGAGUUUUCCAUACCGAGCGACACUAGCGAUUCGACUCUUGCGUCUCAAGUAGAAGAGCUUCUUCUUCAGGAAAGUAUGUCGCGCUGUCUCGGACCUGAAGUACGACUCGAAGAAGUCUUCGAUGACCCCCUCUCCAUUCUCAUUCUGCCGCUCCUUCUCCAAGAUCUCCAGAAUCGCUUUGUUUGUCGACGCUUCAUGAGCUUCGCGUUUAAGGAAAUCGCGUCGGUGGAUAUUACGACUGGCUGUCCACCACGGAACGAACUUGCCUGCUAAAGCCAAGAUAUCAAAGUCCUCCAUGCACGAGCCAGAGACGUCGGGCAGCUCGAUAUCGUUCCUCAUGGCUGCGAUUUGAACUGCAGGGUCCAUCAAAGCCAGCAUGAUUUCCUUCUGCUGGGUCUCCAGACUCGUGUUUUCCCAUGACGUCGGGCUGUCCUUAUCGGUCAGUAAACGCUUCACGAAGUGCUCAAAAAUGAAGACCUGCUGAGGUGGUGCACACUCUUCUUCGCAAGGCCCCGCUCUCUCCUCUUCCUCUUGGACUUCUAGCUCAGAUUGAGCAACCAUACGCAGUCGUAACUCCAAAUACUCAGUCCGAGCUUUCAAUCGCUCUCUUUGUAACACCUCAGGUGGAAUGGUCUGAUGUCGGGAGGUUUGACCCAAGCAGUACCAAGAAACGAACUCUUGCCAUGCAGCUGAGAUAGAUUGACCGAUCUGCUCGGCUGGGGGAGGUGAGAGACCCACGUCUGCUAAUUUCUGGCGGAUAAUUGGAUCAGUUGCUGCAAACAGCAAUUCCUCAGUGAGAAAGCGCUCCCGAAUUCGCUGGUGAUGACGAUGUGUUGCUGCGAACCACCUCGUGAAUGAUCGUACUCCCAACUGCACCGGUAUCUCUACGCUCUCAAAGUCUUCGAUGGGUGGCACGAAGACGUCAUCUCUCUUGGCGUCUUCCUGAAUACAUCUCGACUUGCACGCUGCCAUAAGCUCUACUCUUCGGUCAUGCUCCGACAUUCGUUCCCAUUGUAAGAAGGGGAUCUCAUAGGAAGGUUUCGAGGUGUCGUGGAUCUCCUUAUCCGGUUGCUUCCUUGAUAGACGCUGUCUCGAUCGACGACUUCCCGGUUGAUAAUCUAGCAACAAAAUCGAUUCGUCCUCAUCUUCUACGAGUGCGACCACUGCGACCUUCUCCUGCACUCCAAAGUCAGGAGUUCUCAUGCCACUAACGCUUCCAGGGACAUUGGCAGCACCCGGCAUGUUUGGCUCGACUUCAUCACUAGGUGACAGUGAUCCGUAAGCAUCUCCAGCGGAAAUAACGGCGCAGCGAGCUUGCGAUGAAAGCGAAUCCAAAGGGAUGACAACAUUCCGAUACACACGAGGCUUCGCUUGCUGGAAACUACUAGGGAGUGAAUUCUCUCUUGGCAGAGCAUUUGCUGUUGCAUCACGAGCAGUUUUUUGUUCGAAUGGAUUCUUUUUGCUACGUCGAGGUGACCGAGACGAAUUUUGUGAGGAGCUCUUAGGUGAACGUGGCGAUCGGGCUCUGAAUUUGGACGGCGGUCGAUCCACUAUACGCGUUGGAGACGAGCUCAGAACACUUCGCAGAUUAUUAAAUUCACCCGAUACGUCCUUGCUUUCAAGAAGCUUGCCACUGACUGACGUCGGAGUUGGCGUGGACUCCUCUACGAACGCCUUUACAGGAGAAGCAUUUGUAGGUGUUUUACCGACAGAAUUUACCUUGUCUUCGACCGCAGGCAACGUGAUGCUUAUCCGAACAGAAGGAGUCUCAGCCGUCCACGCGCUCCGACCGAAUGAGUCUGGCGUAAAUGUACUCGUCUUCAAACCCGUUGAAGUGUUUUCUCGACGCGUUUCAAACUUUUUCAAAUGUUUUCCUCCGCUAUCGUGGCCCUUAAGAUCCCGCUGAGCAACGAGAUCCCGUCCACGCUGAAGACGCUGUCGUACAGCUUCCUUGUCCCCUGAACCGAGAUGAUCUACCCGGUCGAUGCAUCGAUUAGUGUAAGCGAAGAGAUCCAAAAAUCUAGGCAUAACAAGUUCAAGUUUACAGUCAGUAACAUAUACUCGCCUCCCAGUCACUAUUGCAGCGUACACUUACCCAUUCACUGGAGUUAUG